CUGAUGAUGAUGCUCCUUGUACUGCUGUUGUAGUGCUCCUGUGUCUCUCUUGCGUGGCGUGCUUGCCUCUGGGUGCUCGGGUACAUCCUUGAACCCCACAUUUCAACAUGAGCUCAGGGGUGCGGCCGGUCCAGUUGAAUGUGUACGACCUUCACGAGUCGAACUCGUGGCUGCAGCACAUUGGGCUGGGGGCGUACCACAGCGGGCUGGAGAUCGGCGGGGUCGAAUACACGUUCAGCGAGGCCGGGGUCGCGCAACACCCGCCUCGCCAGAUCGCAGGGGACGGCGUCUCGUUCAAGACCACCGAGGUGCUGGGAGACUUCAUCGGGACCAUGCCAGACGUGCGGCGCAUCCUCAACGGCCUCAAGGCGGAGGGAUUCGCGGAGGGAGAAUACGACGUCAUCCGCAACAACUGCAACCACUUCUGCGACGAGCUCGCCUUCGCCCUUACCGGGAAAAGGAUCCCGCCUUGGGUCAACCGCGCGGCCACCAUCGCGACUUGGGCGGGUCUAGGAGAGUCCAAGAAAGAAGGUGCCAAUGAUAAAAAAGGAGGCGCAGGGACAGCGGCGUCCUCAGCCACUGCAAGUGCUCCGCCAUCGAGGGAUCGGAAAGAGCUGACGCAGAAGCAACGAGAUCUCUUGUCCAAGAUGCGGACGAACAAAAGCUCAGGUGGUGGGGGGCGAGGAGGUGCAGGAGGCGCGAAAUGAUGUGCGUGUGAAACACCGUCGAGUUUUUAUCCGGUGUGCGGUGGGUUGUUGUUGUGUCUU